AUGUACACUGAGCUCGCCACCAUGUAUGCGAAGUAUAAGCCAAAGAUGCUUAUGGACUUCAUCAAGAUGAACGUUCAGAAGUUGAACAUCCCAAAGCUGAUCAACGCCUGCGAGAGGCAUUAUCACUGGGAGCAUGCAGUCUUCCUCUACACCCACUACGAUGAGUUUGACCAGGCAGCAAACACCAUGAUGGCCCAUAGCCCUGUUGCGUUUGCCCACGACCA